AUGAAGCUCAAGGUUCAGUCCGUACCUCUGUCCAUGAAGAAGCUCCGGUCGAAGCUUCCUCGCCGGAAACGCCCUCAGAUAUCUCCGGUUCUCUUGUUAACUGCGACUGGAGAAGUUUCGGGCGAUUCGAGAAGAGUUUCGGUGAAGAAGAUAGGUUUUGAUGCAUUCAGUGCAGGAGAAGAGUUUCGGAGAGUUACCAGAUCGUACUACAAGCAGAAACAGAGUGAGAAACGAAACUUUGGCGAUCGUGAAGUUGAAUUGUCGGAAACGUCUUGUGUUGAAUCAUGUUCUGGAGCAUUUUUUGAAGUUUCUGGAGAGAGAAAUUCGAAGACGAAAAGUAGAAUUGGAAAAGGAAUCGAAAAUGUAAAGGAAAUUGAACGAAUAGAAGAAAUUUCCAGCGUUGAGCAAUUUUCCGGCGAAAUGUUUAAAUCUGGAGCAGAGAAAGUGAAACGAACUGAAUAUUCACUGGAUAUCAAUCAAAACGAAGUCUCUUCAGUAGUUUCUCAAUUGAAUUCCUACUCGCCGUCUCAGCCAAAAUUUGGAAAUGUACGUGAAAACAGAGUAUCUGGAGAUGUAGUAGUAUCAGAAAUUUCGCGAAAUUGCGCCGAGUCGAAUUUGAAAAUUUUGAACUCAGAAUCGAGUGUAAAACAGAUUCCGAAAUUGAUUGCAGUCGAUUUUGAUCUCGCUUGCUCAGAGCAGAUAUCGUACUCGUAUGAUGACGUUUCAUGCUAUCCGUCGGCUUUUACUGAGCUCCAAUCGGAUAUUUUCCAUGACAGUUCAUUCGAUUUCUCAGACGAUUACAGUUCGUCCAUUUGGUGUGACUCUGGAAGCCAAUUCUCUGAGCGAUCAAUCGAUGAUUCUAGUCCUUCACCUACGUUCCAGCUGUUCCUUCAGUUCCGCCAACAAUUCUGCAGAUCAACAUGUCCGGUUACGGCCUCCAAAUUCUCUUCGCACCAUGAGGAAGAUAAUUGUGAUCAGAACUUCGUAGUAAUUUCUUUUCACUCUAUUCAUUUCCUGUCGAGAUUUGAAGAAGAAGAGCACGAAGAGAGCUACAAGAUGAUGAGAGAGCGAGAGAGGAGGGAAGUGUAUCUCCACGACUAUGCGGAGGAGUACUGCUCCAGCACGGACCGCGGCGAGCUCGUCAUUCAGCAACGGUUACAGAUGGUCCACUGGAUCGUUGAGGAGUGCCCUACUGGAACUGCUCUAUCAUUCAUGUACUUUCCUCGAAAAUCUGAUGAAUCAAAAUUUGACAAGUCCUUGCAUUUGGGAGAUGGGGAAUGGUUUGCAGAAUCAGGGGAAUAUGUACCUGUGUCACGGGAAUCGAAAAUCAAUUUAGCUUGGUGGCCUACAAUAAUUGGCUAUUCAAUUAACGUUGUUGCAUUAGUUCUACUGAUUGAUUUGUCUCUUCUACUCUUCAAAUCGAUCAAGCAGCAAUCUACUAACAAGGAGUUACAAAGGGAGACAAUGUUUCUGGGUGUUUGCCUUCUGGACCGAUUCCUCAGUAAAGGAUACUUCAAAACCAAGAGGAAUCUCCAAAUUGCUGGAAUUGCUUGUCUCACUCUGGCCACCAGGAUUGAAGAAAAUCAGCCCUUCAACAGCGUGCGCCAAAAGUCAUUUUACAGCGGAAGCAAUGUGUAUAGCAGAUGUGAGGUGGUAGCCAUGGAAUGGCUGGUGCAGGAAGUCCUCAACUUCCAAUGCUUCUUGCCCACCAUGUACAAUUUCUUAUGGUUCUACCUCGAAGCAGCAAAAGCUAAUCAAGAGGUGGAGAAGACUUCAAAGUACCUGGCAGUGUUAGCUCUGCUGGGCCACGAGCAACUGUGCUACUGGCCCUCAUCUGUAGCUGCUGGCUUAGUAAUCCUUGCAUCCCUAGCGGCCAAUCAAGAUGCAUCCUGCCAACUGGUAACAAAGAUUCAUGCCAGAACAAAAGAUGAUGAUCUACCUCAAUGCAUAAAGGUAUGCAAUAACACCAUGCCAAAGAACUCUCUCAUUCCUAUUUUUUCUCAUUAUAAAAUUCCCUCCAAGUUCCGUGGUGGAAAUAAGUCAAUCAUGGUCACUGCUAGUGCACCAGCUAUUACAUAUGCUAGCAAAGAAGGUCCCUGA